AUGGCGGUGACGGCCCCCGUAGGCCAAUCAAGCGAGGGAAUGGCUCGAGGUGUGCUGCUGAUCCUGUGGGGGGCUGAAUUCUUGGAGCUGGAGGAUGCAACUCAAGCUUCACUGUUGCGACUCUGGGGCUCUCGAGGCGUUGUGAUUCAAUUUUGGAAAGCAACGGAGGAGAACCGCGAAUCGACCCAUGACAAGGGCCCAGCCGCCCAGGCCAGUCAUGACGAUGCGCGGCCGCGGAUGCAGCCUAUCUGCCAGGUCGAAUUUUUGAAAUUGGUCCUCGCAUUGCAUGGCAGCUUCGGCAACUCUUGGGUCUGCUUGCCUGCCGGUUGUUGUAGAGAUGACCAUAAAGGAUACUGGGAGAAAAAGGAGGCUACGGAUAUUGAUCCGGACGACGUCGGGGAGGAAGCCGCAGAUACAGUCGUGGAUGCAGAGGCACGAGAGGCAGACGCAGGCACCUGUACCUCAUGCAUGUGCAGUGUAUUACAGAGUAUGCCGGUAUGGUAUGGACACGGAUACUGGGGGUUUUUGAUUCGGAGACUCGGCAGUAUGUAUCCCUUUUCCCCCUUGCCCUUUGUUGUUUUGAUAGCAAAACACGCCUGGCUGCACCAAAGGCAAUUAGUAGUUGAGCGGACUGGCCCCGGUGCGUACCCAGUUGCGGUGCUGCGGCGAUGCGUGAAUGUGGACGUGGGCAUCAUGAAGUUCCGGGGUGUAUGUGCUAGGAUGAGGGAGCACUUGCAGCCGCAGGCUCAGGAAGCUUCCAUUGGAUUUGGGUCCUGCCUCCAGUUUUCCCACUCCGGUCUCCAGAAGCAACAAGUCAAGCAGCAGGCAGAGGCAGGCAGAGGUGGGCGCAUCUUGCCUGACGCACUUUCCGUUGUGGCGCAUUGGCAGCGCGUGCCAGGCGAGAAGCUCUGGAUCUUGGAUGCCCCGUUUACUCACUCCAUCACUGCCACUUUUGUUCACUUCCAUUUGAUCCUUGGAACUCGGAAGGGCAAGCCCAGCCUGCCACGAUGCGAGCGAGAACCACGACAUUUCGCGACGCUGCAUCUCUACUCGCCCCAGUGGCGCGCCGCGUUUCCUUUCCUUGAUCCUCAGCUGCGCACUUUACACACGUACGGCAUACUUCCAUGUGUGUGCUCAUGUUCGGUUGUUGGUAAGGAAGUUGGUUAG